UGUCAGCCCUAUCCUAGCCCCUUGAUGCCUCUUGCACCAGCCAGCCUGAGGUCCGAGGCUGGGCGCCUGUGUGGUGCUGGGCUCGCAUUCUAGGUGGGUAACUCUUGCGCCAGUACCGGGCCCCGUCGAUCUCAGCAGCAGACUGCUAGGCAGAGCCAGACGAGGCUAACGACUCGAGGCAGAGGAAAGCCUUGCCUGCCAGGGGGAGACACGCUUUUGGUCCCCGUUCCGUGGGUCGAAUCAAGGGACCUUGUGCAUGAGGCCAUCGAUUCCCCGUGACGAAGGGGGGGAUGGGGGGCGUCCCGGCAGCGCCGUUAGAUGCACGCCGCACCGCUAAAGCAGAAGCAGAAGCAGGUUGCGGUUCGUUUGAAGCUGCUGCAGCACGCAUUGGGGCGGCGAUGGGAGGCUACACAGCGGGAAGCUCCAGGGCGCCGUCUAGCUCGACAGAGAAGCGACGCAAACCACCAAAUGGCAUGCCGUCGUGUCGUGUCCGGAUACUGGAUACUGGAUCCUCGCCUGAAGACCCCUGCCCAGUGGAGACGGCCGUGGAUGAUCGGGCCUAUGGUGUGCAUUCGCCCUCUUCCAAACAGACGCUUCAGCUCCGGCUCAGCGGCGCUACCACACGCAGCCUUGCCGAACGAAGCCAGAGUGACGGGCCCUGCAUGAGCUGCGUGUGCCAGGGAUCAGCCCCAGAGACCAAUGGCAGCCCGCCGUGGCCUGCAGAUGCAUCGUGGGUUUUUUCAGAAGCCGAAGACGUUGUUUCUUGGAUGAUGCAAGUCAAAUGCAAGAGGCAAGUUCUGGAGAGACACCCGCUGCGCCCUGUCAUUUGUCCAACGCCGGCCUAAGCCGUUCGGGAGGGAGAUUUUUUAGAGGCAGUGCCCGCCAACGCUUCCUUCCUUGCCUCUGUUUUCUUUCCU